UCAACAGAAGAGAAGAUGUUGUAUGCCACUGAGCGUCAGCAAAUUUUGACAAUGGACUCAAAUGAAGCACAAAACAAUAAAGAUGAUGGAUUUAUCGGGCUGUAUCUCGAUCCAAAUGAUCUUGAAGCUGACGAUAGAUCGGCUUACAAGAAGGUGUAUAAACUUGCCGUAGAAAUACUUCCUCUUUUGAAGAAAUAUAAAGCUGCAAGGUUCAAGUAUUUUGAUGACUUUCAAAGCGCUAAGAAUUUUGCGGAAAAUGGCUCUGAAGGUGAUCCCACGUGGUCGUCAGAUGCCCUUUUUGCAGAAAAGCGGUCAGCAUUAAAUUUGAGGUCCAUCAGCAGGGAAGAAUUUCAACUUUUCAAAAAAUACCUGGAAGACUGCAAUGUUUCCAAAGUUCAAGAACUAGUCACCCUAAAUCCUCGGUAUCUCGUUGGCUCUUGUUCUUUUCCGUGUAUUUUAAAAGAAGGACCAAGGUAUAACGCUUUACAUAUAGCUGCUAAAGCAAAAAAUGCUGAAAUCGCAAGCAUUAUUUUGAAGACAGUUUCAGAUCCAAACACAUAUGUGAGGUUAUAUGGGCCAGAGGCAAAUGAUAAGUCUAAUGUGAAAUGUGCAUCUGUGUUGCUGGACUUGUAUUUGAACACACCUGAUAAAACGCUUCAGGAAACACCGCUUCACUUCGCUUCCAAGCACGCUGCAACUGGUGUGGUUGAAGUUCUCAUAUCAUACCCUGAGUGCCAGAAAGACAGGCCAAAUAAGUACAAUCAAACUCCUCUAGAUAUAAUUGCUUCAAGAGAGCAGAAUGUUCCGGCCUCAGAAAUAGAAAAGAUCCGUCUCCUACUAACGGACCCCUUUUACGUUCCUGUAUUACGAAGUGAGGAUAACUCAUGUCAACCCAAAAUCGGUGAACCAUUUUCUCCAACCAGUCCAGUUUAUCAGAAUGACCAUGAAGAUAUUAUUAGUCCAAAACUAGAAAUUAAAGCAUUAGCAGGUCCCAUGGCAUAUAAUCAAGCAUACAUGUUUAAGAAGCAGUGGAAAACACCGCCGCGUAAUUUUCAGAGUCCUGGCUCUCCGAGUACGCCUCGCUCUGGAGCAGUACUCUCACCUAGUUCUCCAGGACUCUCUCCUGCGCGUCGUAUCAUUUUAGGUGAUCUUGAUCGAGGACUAGAAAAAGUUGGCAGGUGUCUAGCUAAAGAGAAGAAUAUUGGAUGGAAAGAAUACUGGCCUUUUCUGAAAGAUUUUGUGGAUCUUCAAAGCAAAGAUGGUCUAGCGAAAUUAGAGGCUUACCUCCAGAAUAGGUUUGAAAAGCGGAAGUCAAAAGGAGUGCUAACAAAUUUGAUUAGAGAAAAAGUAAAAAAGUCAGAAGGAAUUAGGUACAGAGAACUUAGAGAGAAAAUUAGAAAAAGUAUUAGUAAAUCAGAAAAACCAGUAUCUUCCCAAAACACCAAUGAGGUUAGUCCUAUGUCGGAGCUUUGUUCAGAGUUCGAAAAAUUGCAAGUGUAUUCCCCCGUGCCCGAAGCUCUCCAGGAACCAAAUAUGAAGACUGAGGAUGACAUUCAAGGCCUGCAUUCAAGUCUGGUGAAUGGAGAUUCUUGGAAAUCUCAAGAAAAAUCAAAGCUUGAGACUCCUAAUAUGUGUUCAGCCAAUGAACUGCCUUCAUCAUCUACUAAUAUGCCUUAUUUAUGUGUUGAGAAGUCUUGCCUGGUUUUUGCAAAAAGAAUUGGUGACAUUCUCCUUUCAAAUCAAAGCAACAAUAACUCGAAAAAAUUUGCCGCAGAAAAUGCGCUGAAAACCUAUCUACUCCAAGAAGUGAAACAUAUCAGCUCUCUAAUCGGCAACUAUAUUGAUGACUCAGCAUUCAAUGGUGUCCAGUUUUCCUUGCUACAUCACAGAUUGGCAACAAGAAUCGUCAGUUACCUUUUAGAUUAUCCGGAAAAGCUUAGUGAUGUCUGUAAGGAUCUAGAAGGACUACUAGACACUGAUAGCAGUGAGCCAAUGGAAAUUUGUUCAACGCCACCAUCACGAAACAGUAGAUUGAAGAUCCAAGAUGAAACAGUAUUACAAUGUUUAAUACAGCAGUGUUCGACUAUUCUGAGUGCUUUUCUUGGGAAGGACUCAGGCGAUGCAACCCUCUCUGCUAACUGCUCUCUUUUAGCUGAAACGGAAGUUCAAGAUCAGUGGGAGUUAUCGGAGCAUUGCCAGUGUGCCUUCAUCAAAAGUUCCAUUUCACCUCCUAGACGACAUCGGAACAGAUCGUGGAAUAGUUUUAAAUUCAAUCAAAGGCGUGUAUCAGCUCUCAUCUCGUCUCUUGGAAAAGAUCCAGAAGAAAAAUCCAACUGCCAAAAUGAAGAGCACAGUGGUUCAAGCUCACCACCUGGGUUUGAAUUCUCAGAAAGCAGUGGUGAGUCUGAAGAGGAGUGGUACGAGCCUACAGCGCCAACGGAUACAGUUGACACAACUUGUUCCGUAAAAACGAAAAAUGACGACAUAGAGCCCAUGAGCAUGCCAGCUUUGGCUCCUGAGCUCUAUAUUGACGAUUCUGGCCCUUGCAAGUUGGACCUUGACGUCUUCGAAGCCAUCGGAGACAUGGAAUUAGAUUUAACAAAGUACCCUGUUACCAAUUACUGGAAAUUUUGCAUCACAAGUCAUUCUUUGGAAGAAAGAGAAAAGUGGAAAAAAAGGAGACCUGACAUGUAGCCCCUGUUUGAUCGCCACAACAAUUUUACCAAUCACCUCUAUUUUUUACCAAGCUGCUCAUCCUUUUUACCCUCUUUUUUAAGAUUGAUCUGUCGGAUUGUGUGAUAAACCUUUUGUAAUAUCUUCAUUUUGGAUAAGCCCUACUCUGUUGAACCAAUGGACUGUUACUUACUUUUAUUGUUUUACUUGUUUUAGGAAAAUUUGUACGUUCGUAUUUGUUCAUUAAGAAAAUUGAUAAUUACCAAUAAAAUAUUUUUUUUAAAUUUCCAAGGAAGCAAA